AUGAAAUCUGUAUUUUUUUUAGUGGAUAUUGUAAUAAACAAAAUCUUGAAAUAAUUUUAAGUUCUGCUGAAUCAAAUGGCUUAAUUUCAUAAAGGUUUUACUUGGACUCUAUGUAAAAGUACAUUAAAGACGAAAAAUACCUUCAUCAAUUUAAGACAAAAAGUAACACCUAAUCAAGGAUCAGUUUUGUUGAAGAUUGAUAAUGAGAGAGAAUUGCAAUAUAAUAAUGAUUUAGGAUGGAAUUGCCAUAAAAGCUAGAAUAUUCCAAAUAUAUCUGUAAAAAUUACUUUGUAAAAGAAGAAUGCACAUAAUGGAUCUAUUGUUAGUUAUCUUAUCUAAGUAUAACCUUAGGUGUAAUUAAUGGCAGUAAAGGCAUUGUAAAAUGAUCUUUUUGAAGAGUUAGCAUUAGAAGGAAUUACUUAAUACGAUAUUGUAUUGAUUUUGUAAUCAAAAAUGUUUAUUAUAUUUUUUGAUCAAAAUAUAAAUCAACUUCUUUAUUUAAUUGAUUUAUCUAAUAAUUCUUAAUUAUUUUUCAUUUAUAAUUAAAAGUUUAGCUUAUUAUUUUUUUAAGUAGUUCGAAAUUAAAAUUAAUACUUUGAAGCUAAUUUAUUUAAACUAUAGAUGAUAAAGCAUUCUUUUCGGUAUUUUUCUAUAAAAAAAUUAAGGGAGUUAAUUUUAAUAGCACUACUUAUAAUCACCAAGGCUAUAGAUUUUAGUUAUUGA